GCGAAGGGCGGAGUUUGUGGAGAAAGAUGGCGGCCUCCUGGGCCUCACCGAUAGCGGCCGCGGCGCUCCGAGCGGUCAUUCCCUGGCGGAGGAGCAGAAUCCUUCUGAUCUGUCCUGGACUUCAGAGGCGCUGGGAUGCAUCGUCCUCCAACUCCGAGGCCGGCGAAGAGCAAAUCCGCCUCACGGACAGCUGCGUCCGGAGGCUUCUGGAAAUCACCGAAGGGUCAGAAUUCCUAAGGCUGCAAGUGGAGGGAGGUGGAUGCUCCGGAUUCCAAUACAAAUUUUCACUGGAUACAGUUAUUAACCCCGACGACAGGGUAUUUGAACAGGGUGGGGCAAAAGUGGUGGUUGACUCUGAUAGCAUGGCCUUCGUGAAAGGGGCUCUGGUGGACUUCAGCCAAGAACUGAUCCGAAGCUCAUUUCAAGUUUUGAACAAUCCUCAAGCUCAGCAAGGCUGCUCCUGUGGGUCGUCAUUCUCUAUCAAACUUUGAUGCAUUGACAAGUGACCUUUAGCUUGUCACCAGUCUUACUAUGUGAAGAAUCUUGGAUUAGCAGAAUUCUACAAGUUUCCUUCUAAUCAUGUCCUUCUCUCAAUUUUAUUUUCCUUGAUCCCCGAGUGUUGUGUUUUGCCACUAUUAUUUUCAGAAUGUGAAGCUUUUUUACCUUGGCCUAAAUUCCUCCUUAUCCCCUUAAUACCAUCCUAAGGCCAAGCUUAAAGUUAAUCAUUGUUAAAAUCCAGUGAAUAUCUGUAGAACUUGGUUGAAAUCCAGUGAAUAUCUGUAGAACUUCUUAGAGUCCAGAAUUUGGAGUUACUUCUUUGGCCUUCAGAACUGCGUGUACAUAUGUGUAUACCUAUGUAUAAAACCUCAUUUAAAAGAAAGUCCUUACUGUGUUUUGGAUUGGGUAGCUUCAAUACCAGUUACCAGGCCAGAAUGAAUAAUCAAGUAAAGCAAAUUAAUUUUUGUUUUUAAGCCACUGUCUUGCUGUGUAGGUGGGCUGACUCAAACUUGAGAUCUUGCCUCAGCCUUCUGAGGGAUUAUAGGCAUACACCAUCACACUUGGCUCAUUUCAUCCUGUAGGUGGACUAACUACUUCAAACUUGAGAUCAUCUUGCCUCAACUUUCUGAGGAAUUAACAGGUAUAUACCAUCAUAACUGGCUC